AUGAAUUCUACUAGAACAGAUCAUAUUCAAUGUCCUCAUGGUGCUGAUGAUGAGAAAGAUUCUGUCAGUGAGAACAUAGUGAAAGUAGAAAAACAAGAUGGUGAACAAACUACAGAAAGUGGUAAUAAUGAACCUAAUGAGGCUGAAACUACAGAAAGGAACAAAAAUAAACCUAAAUUUGAGUUUUUACAUGAUGUUGCUAUGUUUCACUCGUCAGCUCUUCAGAAACUGAAAGAAAGAAAGAACUUGCUUUCAAAUAUUGGACCAUUCAGGAGAGUGUUGUGUGCAAGGAGGGAUUUAGAAAUCAGACGACAGUUGUGUAAAGUAGAUAAGAACUUGGACCAAAGUCAGAUGUACACUAGUCAAGAUAUGGACUCGGACUUGUAUAAAUUAAGUAUUCAAAUGUUAAAACAAGCUAAGGAUCCUUCUUUGAAGAUUGAGCCACCACCUCAAGUUCCUGAAAAAAUUCCUGAGAAAUGCAGUCCAGUCAGGGAUGUAGAGCCAUUAGAAAAGACUGUUGUAGAAGUAACUUGUGGAUGAAUAGUGUCCUUCAACCUUGGACUGGUUCCUACUAAUGUUGACUGGUUUCUGUAAUGUUUGAAGACUGGUUGUACUCUUUUUAAAAGAAUUUAUGAAAUUCGAUUGUUUAUUGGUGUUGCAGUCUGUAUUAAGUCUGGUUUUUGAAUGUUGGUUUUUAUAAAAGGAGGAGUUUAUUGGGAAUAAAGACUGGUUUAGUAAAAGUUUUUAACAGUAUUCAAGAGAAUAUUUUCUUGUUAAAAUAAAGAUAUGUGAGAAUGUUUUCCUGUCAAUAUGUCAACAGUUCUAUAAAAUCUUUAGGAAUCUAUUAAAUAGAGAUCAGUAAUUAAGCGUUUUGGAGCAGUAUGUCUACAGAAUUAUUUUCAAAAACUAAAAGAUUUCGUUGGUUAGUAAAUUCAAUUGUGAAGUGUACAAAUGAAGUGUUUUAAUCAAGUGAAAGUCUCUUUAUAUCCAAAACGUUAUUCAUAAAGUGUGAAAAUAUUCAAAAAUAUGUCUAACAUAAUAAGUAAUUGGGUAAAUAUUUAAAAACAAACAAACAAAAAACAUUAAAAAACAGUAUUCUGUAAAAUUUUGCAUAAAAUAUGCACUGUUUAACUUAAGCCUCACAUUUUGUGAAUGGCAAUGUCUCGCCAUCUCCAUUUAUCAUUUAGAAUUGUUACAUCUUUCACUAUCAUAUUUCAUUUAAAUGAUCCAUACAUUCACCCAUUUUAUAAAUACAUGAAAUUUUGUAUAUGUUUUGUCAAUUUAUUGUGUCAAAGACAUAAUGCUUUUUGUAUUGUAAACAUAUUUGAGGGAGUAUAAAAAUCUUGUAAUAAAUAAAAUGAAAAA